UGAGUUGUAGUUUCACAGCGUUGUUUGUUCUCCUUCUCUUCCCAUCCUUCGUUCCUCCUGUCCUGGCUCCCCUUUCCCCCAAUGCUGUAAUUCUCUUUCUCUUCCCACAUUUUUCUUCUAUUUUUUAAACCUAAUCACCCUUCUCUUUCUCUUCCUCAUUCUUAUUUCAUUCAACUCUCAUUCGUAACACAACCAACCCUUUUCGCCCUCUUAAUUUUCCCUAUGAAUUCUCUCUCCCCCUCUCUCUCUCCACACCCCAUUCAGCCUGCUUCAUUCUUCACUCCUUUUUCUUCAUCCGGUUUCAUUGCAAUUUUCUAUUGAAUGCAUCUGAUUUGUGUUUGCAAUAAAGACCACAUACCUUGAGUUCACAGGGUUUUUUGGGGUGGAGGGGUGCCUGUGUUUUGGAGGGUGGUGUUAUCUUAUUCAAUGGUUGUUGGAUUUGUUUGUCUGAGGAUUUUGUAUUGGUGAACUGUUUCAGUGGUUUGGAGAUUUGGGGUUUGGAGUUUGAAGGUGUUGGUGUUGGUUUUUGCUGUGAUUUUGUUGAGUCAUGAAUCGUAGAGUGAGGAGGAAGGUGGCGAGGAAGAACAAAGGGAAUGUGGUGCAGUCUAGUUUCCCUGAAGAUCAAGAUGAGGUUUUGGAUUUGGAACCCCAAAGGCAAGGGUUUGUUGAUUGGAAGUGCUUGCCCGAUGAUACAGUAAUUCAGCUGUUGUCAUGUCUGAGUUAUCAAGAUCGAGCUAGCUUGUCGUCAACUUGUAAGACAUGGAGGUCUCUUGGCAGCUCCCUGUGUUUGUGGAGUUCUCUGGAUCUUCGUUCUCACAGGUUUGAUGCCGGCAUGGCUUCAUCGCUUGCUCCCAGGUGUGUGCAUCUUCAGAAACUCAGGUUUCGCGGGGCAGAGUCUGCUGAUGCGAUAAUUCAUCUUCGAGCUAGGAACUUGCGUGAAUUGAGCGGUGACUAUUGCAGGAAGAUUACAGAUGCAACUCUCUCAGUGAUUGUGGCUCGGCAUGAGUUACUUGAGAGCCUUCAGCUUGGACCGGAUUUCUGUGAGAGAAUAAGUAGUGAUGCUAUUAAAGCAAUAGCUCAUUGCUGUCCUAAAUUGAAUAAACUUAGACUCUCAGGCAUCAGGGACGUAAAUGCUGAUGCUAUUAAUGCCUUGGCUAAGCAUUGUCCAAAGUUGACUGAUAUUGGGUUCAUUGAUUGUCUGAAUGUUGAUGAGGUUGCGCUGGGAAAUGUGUUAUCAGUUCGUUUCCUUUCUGUUGCGGGGACAUCAAGUAUGAAAUGGGGUGUGGUUUCCCAUCUUUGGCAUAAACUUCCUAACCUGAUUGGGUUAGAUGUUUCAAGAACUGAUGUUGGUCCAUCUGCUCUUUUAAGAAUGUUAUCCUUAUCACAGAAUUUGAGGGUUUUAAUUGCUCUGAAUUGUCCCAUCCUUGAAGAAGACACCAGCUUCUCUGCUAGCAAAUAUAAAAACAAGUUAUUAAUCUCUCUUCGUACUGAUAUUUUUAAAGGGCUGGCUUCUUUAUUGUUUGAUAAUACAAGGAGAGGAAACAAUGUAUUUUUAGACUGGAGGACCUCAAAGAAUAAUGAUAAGGACCUCAAUGAAAUUAUACCCUGGCUUGAGUGGAUGCUAUCCCAUACACUUCUGCGUUCUGCUGAGAGUCCCCAACAGGGUCUUGAUAGUUUCUGGGUUGAACAAGGUGGAGCACUUUUGCUUAGUCUAAUGCAGAGUUCUCAAGAGGAUGUUCAAGAGAGGGCAGCCACAGGUCUUGCAACUUUUGUUGUAAUUGAUGACGAAAAUGCUAGCAUAGAUUGUGGAAGGGCUGAAGCAGUUAUGCGAGAUGGAGGCAUACGCCUCCUACUUGGCCUUGCAAAAUCUUGGAGAGAAGGGCUUCAAUCUGAGGCAGCCAAGGCCAUUGCAAAUUUGUCCGUCAAUGCCAAUGUGGCCAAAGCUGUUGCAGAAGAGGGUGGGAUUCAGAUUCUUGCUGGUUUGGCUAGGUCAAUGAACAAGCUGGUGGCGGAAGAGGCUGCUGGAGGAUUAUGGAAUCUCUCUGUUGGAGAAGAGCACAAGGGUGCCAUUGCUGAAGCUGGUGGAAUACAAGCUUUAGUGGAUCUUAUAUUCAAGUGGUCCUCUAGUGGAGAUGGAGUUUUAGAACGUGCGGCUGGUGCAUUGGCUAAUUUGGCAGCUGAUGACAAGUGUAGUACAGAGGUUGCACUAGCAGGAGGUGUACAUGCUCUAGUGAUGCUUGCUCGUAACUGCAAAUUUGAGGGAGUGCAAGAGCAGGCUGCUCGGGCAUUGGCUAACUUAGCUGCCCAUGGAGAUAGUAACAGUAACAAUGCUGCUGUUGGACAAGAAGCAGGUGCCCUUGAGGCUCUUGUUCAACUUACUUGCUCUCCCCACGAGGGUGUCAGGCAAGAGGCUGCUGGUGCACUUUGGAAUUUGUCAUUUGAUGAUAGAAAUCGAGAGGCCAUUGCCGCAGCUGGUGGAGUUCAGGCCUUGGUUGCUCUUGCCCAAGCUUGUGCUAAUGCCUCCCCUGGACUUCAAGAGAGGGCUGCUGGUGCUCUGUGGGGAUUAUCAGUCUCGGAAACUAACAGUGUUGCCAUUGGACGAGAAGGAGGUGUUGCACCUCUGAUUGCACUUGCACGGUCUGAAGCAGAGGAUGUUCAUGAAACUGCCGCAGGAGCACUAUGGAAUCUUGCUUUCAAUGCUAGUAAUGCUCUAAGAAUAGUAGAGGAAGGUGGAGUAUCUGCACUUGUUGAUCUCUGUUCUUCAUCAGUAUCAAAAAUGGCACGAUUCAUGUCUGCGUUGGCAUUGGCAUACAUGUUUGACGGGAGAAUGGAUGAAUAUGCUUUAGUAGUCACUUCAUCUGAAAGUAUUUCUAAGAGUGUGAGCUUGGAUGGAGCUAGAAGGAUGGCUUUGAAACACAUUGAAGCUUUUGUCCUUAUGUUCUCUGAUCUACAAGCAUUUGCGGCUGCUGCUGCAUCAUCUGCUCCUGCAGCAUUAGCACAGGUUACUGAAGGUGCGCGCAUUCAAGAAGCAGGACAUUUGAGAUGCAGUGGUGCUGAAAUUGGAAGAUUCAUCACUAUGCUACGGAAUCCAUCAUCUAUACUCAAGGCUUGUGCAGCAUUUGCUCUUCUCCAGUUUACCAUUCCUGGUGGACGACAUGCCAUGCACCAUGCUAGCCUCAUGCAAAGCCUGGGAGCAUCAAGAGUUCUGCGUGGUGCAGCUGCUGCAGCAACUGCUCCACUUGAAGCAAAAAUCUUUGCCAGAAUUGUUCUGCGCAAUCUUGAGUAUCACCAGAUAGAGCAAGCACUAGCGUAGAUGAGUUCAUUUGUUGUUUACAGUCCCCUUUCUCAAACCAUUUUGGACUUCUAAUAUUUCACAUGUAGACAAACUGUCCAAUGUGUCAUAAGAACACUAGUCGGUGACCGUGAUGCAUGUGAUGUGAAGCAAGCUAUAAAUUGACAUGUUUCUAUUUUCCAUCUUUGGAACUGCUUAGAAAUUAAGAUGUAUUUCUUUCCUCCCCUGUACCAAUCUCUUCAUAUCAAGGCUGCAACAAAUAGGCACCUUGACAUAAAUUUUAUUGCCUUGAUGUUUUUUUUUUCUUUGUAUUAUUCUACAGUAUUAUGUAUAAUCAUGAUUUUAGGUAAAUUUAUUUAGGGCUGGAAAUGCUUAUUGUC